GAGCGAGCGUGGGGCAGCGCCAUUUUGUGCAAAAACAAACGGACAGCACCGGGAAGACGAGGGACGGGAGCGAGCGUAGAGACCGUCACCGAACAAUUCUUAACAUUCACCGGGGAGGGAGGAGGCUGCGGGGGCCGCUACAGGUGCCAUGUUUCUGGCCAAUAGGACAGGCUGAAGAUCCUGUUCGCACAGCUUAGAAAUUGGCUCAUUUAAAGAAAUUUACCUGUCUGCAGAGACCAAAGGGGAAUAAUGGUGAUUUUGCGCCGGGCUCGGCCGCCUGCUUCCGCCCCAACCAGCAAUGAAUCUUGACUCGCUUUCGCUGGCCUUGUCUCAAAUCAGCUACCUUGUGGACAACUUAACGAAGAAAAACUACCGGGCCAGCCAGCUGGAAAUACAACAUAUUGUGAAUCGGCACGGUCCGGAGGCAGACAGACACUUGUUACGCUGCCUAUUUUCACAUGUGGAUUUCAGUGGCGAUGGUAAAAGCAGCGGUAAAGAUUUUCAUCAGACGCAAUUUCUGAUUCAGGAGUGUGCGUCUCUGAUCACCAAGCCUAACUUCAUCUCCACCCUCUCGUACGCCAUUGACAAUCCAUUGCACUAUCAGAAGAGCCUGAAGCCAUCUCCCCACCUUUUUGCCCAGUUGAGUAAAGUUCUGAAGCUCAGCAAAGUUCAGGAGGUGAUCUUUGGCUUGGCCCUUCUGAACUCCUGCAACAGCGACCUGCGGGCCUUUGCUGCACAGUUUGUGAAGCAGAAGCUCCCUGAUCUCUUGCGUUCCUACGUUGACGUGGACGUUAGUGGCAGCCAAGAAGGUGGAUUCCAGGACAUUGCCAUAGAGGUCUUGCACCUCCUCCUCUCCAAUCUCCUUUUUGGCCAGAAAGGAGCAUUCGGGGUGGGACAGGAGCAGAUUGUGGCAUUUCUUAAAACCCUGCGCAGAGAUUUUCCCCAGGAGCGCUGUCCGGUGGUGCUUGCACCACUCCUCUACCCUGAAAAACGGGACAUCCUAAUGGACCGGAUUUUGUCUGAUUCUGGCGGGAUAACCAAGACCAUGAUGGACAGCUCCUUGGCAGACUUCAUGCAGGAAGUGGGUUACAGCUUCUGUUCCAGUGUGGAAGAAUGCCGCAAUAUCAUUGUCCAGUUUGGUGUCCGGGAAGUGACUGCGGUGCAGGUCGCUCGGGUCCUGGGGAUGAUGGCACGGACGCAUUCUGGGCUCACAGAUGGAAUCUCCUUACAGUCGAUCUCCGCCCCUGGCAGCGGCAUCUGGAGUGAUGGCAAGGACAAGAACGAUGGCGUGCAGGCUCACACUUGGAACGUGGAGGUUCUCAUUGAUGUAGUAAAAGAGCUGAAUCCCAACCUGAACUUCAAGGAAGUGACAUACGAGCUGGAUCAUCCAGGAUACCUGAUACGUGACAGCAAGGGGCUCCAGACUGUAGUAUAUGGCAUCCAGAGGGGGCUUGGCAUGGAUGUAUUUCCAGUUGAUCUCAUUUAUAGGCCUUGGAAACAUGCAGAGGGCCAGCUUUCCUUCAUCCAGCAUUCCUUGAUGAAUCCGGACGUCUUUUGCUUUGCGGACUACCCUUGCCAUGCUGUUGCAACUGACAUCCUAAAGGCUCCACCAGAAGAUGACAAUCGGGAGAUAGCUACAUGGAAAAGUUUGGAUCUGAUAGAGUCCCUGCUUCGGCUGGCUGAGGUGGGCCAAUAUGAACAGGUCAAACAGCUCUUCAGCUACCCCAUCAAACACUGUCCAGACAUGCUGGUCCUGGCUCUGCUCCAGAUCAACACUUCCUGGCAUACCCUAAGACACGAGCUCAUCUCUACUCUGAUGCCGAUCUUUCUGGGUAACCAUCCAAACUCCGCCAUCAUUUUGCACUAUGCAUGGCACGGCCAGGGCCAGUCUCCCUCCAUCCGCCAGCUGAUCAUGCAUGCCAUGGCAGAGUGGUAUAUGCGAGGUGAGCAGUAUGAUCAGGCCCGCCUGUCUCGUAUACUUGAUGUGGCCCAGGACUUGAAGGCCUUGUCAAUGCUGCUGAACGGUACUCCAUUUGCCUUUGUUAUUGAUCUUGCUGCACUUGCUUCACGCCGGGAAUACCUCAAACUGGACAAAUGGCUGACGGAUAAAAUACGGGAACAUGGGGAGCCCUUUGUCCAAGCCUGCAUGACUUUCCUCAAACGGCGCUGUCCUUCCAUACUAGGCGGCAUGGCUCCCGAGAAAGACCAACCGAAAAGCGCACAGCUUCCUCCUGAAACUCUGGCCACGAUGCUAGCAUGCCUUCAGGCUUGUGCAGGGAGUGUGUCCCAGGAGCUUUCUGAAACCAUCCUUACCAUGGUGGCCAACUGCAGCAAUGUGGUGAACAAGGCACGGCAGCCUCCUCCGGGAGUUAUGCCGAAAGGUCGUCCUCCCAGUACGAGCAGUCUGGACGCCAUUUCUCCGGUACAGAUCGACCCUUUGGCUGCAAUGGCCUCUCUCAACAUUGGUGGUUCUGCUGCUCCUCACACACAGACCCUUCCAGCUUUCCCUCCCAAUCUGGGCUCGGCUUUCAGCACGCCACAGUCACCAGCCAAGGCAUUUCCCCCUCUCACGACUCCAAACCAAUCUACUGCUUUUAGUGGCCUCAGUGGUCUCGCCUCGCAGCUGCCAGGUGGACUUGGAACAGGCAGUCUAACUGGAAUGAGCACUGGAGGCCUGGGCCUUCCUGCUGUGAAUACUGACCCGUUUGGACAGAGGAAACUCAGCACUUCAGGGCUCAGUCAGCCAACAUUCCAGCAGACGGACCUGUCUCAGGUAUGGCCAGAAGCAAACCAGCACUUUACUAAAGAAAUUGAUGAUGAAGCAAACAGCUACUUCCAGCGUAUCUACAACCAGCCCCCGCACCCCACAAUGUCGGUGGAUGAGGAGAACACCACCCCCGUUCCAACCAGGAUGCUCACUGCUCUUGAAUAUGAGGUAUUGGAAAUGCUGCAGAGGUUUAAGGACUCCAACAUAAAGCGGGAGCGUGAAGUCUUCAACUGCAUGCUGCGCAAUUUGUUUGAAGAGUAUCGUUUCUUCCCUCAGUACCCAGACAAGGAGUUGCAUAUUACCGCCUGUUUGUUUGGUGGCAUCAUUGAAAAAGGACUAGUGACAUACAUGGCUUUAGGACUGGCACUGCGCUAUGUACUGGAAGCACUGCGCAAACCUUAUGGAUCCAAAAUGUAUUUCUUUGGCAUCGCUGCACUAGAUAGGUUCAAAAACAGGUUGAAGGACUAUCCUCAGUACUGUCAGCACUUGGCUUCCAUCAGUCACUUUAUUCAGUUCCCUCAUCAUUUGCAGGAGUACAUAGAGUAUGGUCAGCAGUCUCGGGACCCUCCGGUCAAGAUGCAGGGAUCUAUCACCACCCCAGGCAGUAUUGCACUUUCACAAGCCCAGGCUCAGGCACAAGCCCAGGCCCCUGCCAAAGCUCCUCUUCCUGGCCCCGUAAGCACCAAUACAGUUACCACAUCUACCGCCACAACCUCAGCCAAAACUGUUACCAUCACCAGACCCACUGGCGUCAGUUUCAAGAAGGAUGUACCGCCAUCCAUCAACACUACCAACAUAGACACACUUCUAGUGGCUACUGACCAGGCAGAGAGAACUGUGGAACCACCUGAGAAUGUGCAAGAGAAAAUCGCCUUCAUAUUCAAUAACCUGUCGCAGUCCAACAUGACACAGAAGGUGGAAGAGUUGAAGGAAACUGUAAAAGAUGAGUUUAUGCCUUGGGUGUCUCAAUACCUGGUGAUGAAGAGGGUGAGCAUCGAGCUGAACUUUCACAGUCUGUACUCCAACUUCAUGGACGCUCUGAAGCAUGCAGAAUUCAACAAGAUGGUUUUAGCAGAGACGUACAGGAACAUUAAGGUGUUGUUGACGUCUGACAAAGCUGCUGCUAAUUUCUCUGACCGGUCUUUGUUGAAGAACCUGGGCCACUGGCUAGGCAUGGUCACCCUGGCCAAGAACAAACCCAUCCUACACACAGACCUGGAUGUGAAGUCGCUGCUGUUGGAGGCCUAUAUGAAGGGACAGCAGGAGAUGCUCUACGUGGUGCCUUUUGUUGCUAAAGUCUUGGAGUCAAGUAUCCGAAGUGUGGUUUUUCGACCUCCAAAUCCAUGGACAAUGGCUAUUAUGAAUGUUUUGGCAGAGCUUCACCAAGAGCAUGAUUUGAAGCUUAAUCUGAAGUUUGAGAUUGAGGUCUUGUGUAAAAAUCUAGCCAUUGACCUCAAUGACUUGAAGCCCGGGAGUCUCCUUAAAGACAAGGACCGUCUAAAGUCUCUGGAUGAGCAGCUUUCUGCCCCAAAGAAAGAUGUGAAACAGCCAGAGGAACUGCUGCCUAGCAUCCCCAGCGCCAACGAGUAUGCCAUCCGCACAGCAGGCAAGCUCUGGGCUUCGGUUGAGAAACAGGAGUCUGACGCUGUCUUCACAGUUAAUUGUUUCCCCUCAGCUACGGUGACAGUCCCACCCCCCAGCACCACGUGUGCUGCAACAGUUCCUCCACAGCCGCAGUACAGCUACCAUGAUAUCCAUGUCUAUUCGCUUGCUGGUAUCGCACCCCACAUCACACUCAAUCCAACAAUCCCUCUCUUCCAAACCCACCCCCACCUCAAGCAAUAUGUGCGGCAGGCCAUUGAACGGGCUGUGCAGGAGCUUGUACAUCCUGUGGUUGACCGUUCCAUAAAGAUUGCAAUGACCACCUGUGAGCAGAUCGUGCGGAAGGACUUUGCACUGGAUUCAGAGGAGUCUCGAAUGCGGGUGGCGGCUCACCACAUGAUGCGCAAUCUGACUGCUGGCAUGGCCAUGAUAACUUGCAGAGAACCUCUGCUCAUGAGUAUAGCUACCAAUCUGAAAACCAGCUUUGCCACCUCAAUGCGGGCUGCCUCUCCCCAGCAGCGCGAGAUGAUGGAACAGGCUGCUGCUCAGGUGGCUCAGGAUAACUGUGAGCUGGCUUGCUGCUUCAUCCAGAAGACAGCAGUAGAGAAGGCUGGACCAGAAAUGGACAAGAGGUUGGCCACGGAAUUUGAAUUACGAAAGCAUGCCAGGCAGGAGGGACGACGAUAUUGUGAUCCCGUUGUACUGACCUACCAGGCGGAGCGGAUGCCGGAGCAGAUCCGACUAAAGGUCGGAGGUGUGGACCCCAAACAGCUGGCUGUUUAUGAGGAAUUUGCACGCAAUGUUCCUGGCUUCCUCCCCACCAAUGACUUGACUCAGCCCACGGGAUUCCUGGCGCAACCCAUGAAGCAACAAGCCUGGGCCACAGACGACGUAGCACAGAUUUAUGACAAGUGUAUCGCUGAACUGGAGCAACAUCUUCAUGCCAUCCCACCCACACUUGCCAUGAACCCGCAGUCUCAGGCCCUGCGAGGUCUGCUGGAAGCUGUGGCACUGGCCCGGAACACCAGAGAUGCCAUUGCUGCUCUGGGGCUGCUGCAAAAAGCUGUGGAAGGACUUUUGGAUGCCACUAGCGGUGCUGACGCGGACCUUCUGCUCAGAUAUCGGGAAUGUCAUUUGCUCGUCCUGAAAGCUCUGCAGGACAGCCGGGCCUAUGGUUCUCCUUGGUGCAACAAGCAGAUCACCAGAUGUCUGAUUGAGUGUCGGGAUGAGUACAAGUACAAUGUGGAGGCUGUAGAGCUUCUGAUUAGAAACCAUCUUGUCAACAUGCAGCAGUAUGAUGUCCACCUGGCACAGUCAAUGGAAAACGGGCUGAACUAUAUGGCCGUGGCCUUCGCUAUGCAGCUUGUGAAGAUCUUGCUUGUGGAUGAGCGAAGCGUGAGUCAUGUGACGGAGGCAGAGUUUUUCCACACCAUAGAAACUCUUAUGCGUAUCAAUGCGCACUCAAGGGGCAAUGCCCCUGAAGGACUUCCGCAGCUGAUGGACGUGCUCCGCUCUAAUUUUGAGGCCAUGAUUGAACGGGCCCAGGGUGGGCCAAACUUCAUGAUGCAUUCUGGGAUAUCCCAAGCAUCCGAGUAUGACGAUCCUCCAGGACUCCGGGAAAAGGCAGAGUACCUUCUGAGAGAAUGGGUCAAUCUGUAUCAUUCGGCUGCUGCCGGACGGGACAGUACAAAGGCCUUUUCUGCAUUUGUUGGCCAGAUGCACCAGCAAGGAAUCCUAAAGACCGAUGACCUCAUCACCCGGUUCUUCCGCUUGUGUACAGAGAUGUGUGUGGAAAUAAGCUACCGUGCUCAGGCUGAGCAGCAGCACAAUCCAGCUGCCAACCCUACGAUGAUCCGAGCGAAGUGCUACCAUAACCUGGACGCCUUUGUCCGGCUGAUCGCUCUGUUAGUCAAACACUCUGGAGAAGCCACCAAUACCGUCACCAAGAUCAAUCUUCUCAACAAAGUUCUCGGUAUUGUAGUGGGGGUUUUGCUCCAGGAUCAUGAAGUGAGGCAGAGUGAGUUCCAGCAGCUUCCAUACCAUCGCAUCUUCAUUAUGCUACUGCUGGAAUUGAAUGCACCAGAACAUGUGUUGGAAACAAUCAACUUCCAGACCCUCACUGCCUUCUGUAACACCUUCCACAUCCUCCGGCCCACCAAAGCAUCCGGCUUCGUCUACGCAUGGCUAGAGCUGAUUUCCCACCGUAUCUUUAUUGCACGGAUGUUGGCACACACUCCCCAGCAGAAGGGGUGGCCAAUGUAUGCCCAACUACUGAUCGACCUCUUUAAAUAUCUGGCACCAUUUCUCCGAAAUGUGGAACUCACCAAACCUAUGCAAAUUCUGUACAAGGGCACGCUGCGUGUGCUGCUGGUUCUGCUCCAUGACUUCCCAGAGUUCCUUUGUGAUUAUCACUAUGGCUUCUGUGACGUCAUCCCACCCAAUUGUAUCCAGCUGAGGAAUCUAAUCCUGAGUGCCUUCCCCCGAAACAUGAGACUUCCGGACCCCUUCACCCCCAACCUCAAGGUGGACAUGUUGAGUGAGAUUAACAUCGCUCCCAGAAUCCUCACAAACUUCACCGGAGUGAUGCCACCGCAGUUCAAGAAAGACCUGGACUCCUACCUGAAGACUCGCUCACCAGUGACCUUCCUGUCGGAGCUGCGCAGCAAUUUGCAGGUCUCCAAUGAGCCUGGAAACCGUUACAGCAUUCAGCUCAUCAAUGCAUUGGUCCUUUAUGUUGGCACGCAGGCCAUUGCACACAUCCACAACAAAGGCAGCACGCCAUCCAUGAGCACCAUCACCCACUCUGCCCACAUGGACAUCUUCCAGAACCUGGCGGUGGACCUGGACACUGAAGGUAAUCUAUCUUCACAACGUUUCUCCCGUCGUGAUGGGCGCUACCUUUUCCUGAAUGCCAUCGCCAACCAGCUGCGGUACCCCAACAGCCACACUCACUACUUUAGCUGCACCAUGCUGUACCUCUUUGCGGAAGCCAACACUGAGGCCAUCCAGGAGCAGAUCACUAGGGUCCUGUUGGAGCGACUGAUUGUGAACAGACCACAUCCGUGGGGUCUUCUCAUCACCUUUAUUGAGCUGAUCAAAAAUCCUGCUUUCAAAUUCUGGAAUCAUGAAUUUGUGCACUGCGCUCCGGAGAUUGAGAAGUUGUUCCAGUCGGUGGCUCAGUGCUGUAUGGGACAGAAGCAAGCUCAGCAGGUGAUGGAAGGUUCCGGUGCCAGCUAGGUGCCCACAUUGCCCUCAUGAACUGAGAGAGUGCUGGCCACACAAGCCGGCUGGAGCGGUGUCUGCAAUGUGAAGAGUUUGUUUAACCUCCGCCCAGCAUUGUCACCCCUCCGGUGACCCCCCGAUCGUUCUGUCCGGCAUUGCCUGACAUAUCUUCCUGGUUCAGAGAGGACGAGACGAGCGCUGACAUUUUGGAUAUUUUUUUUUCCUUUUUGCCCAAAAAAUUGACUUUUGGCCAAACAAAAGUGUGAAUAUAUAUAAUAUUUUUUUCUUGAUCUAUUGUAAAUAUCGUUCUUCUGAAAUGCAACUUAAAAAAAACACAGCAAAAGCUUUUAGUCUUGGCUUUGUCUUUUCAGUGGAGUGAGACUGAGUGGGGGAGGGGAGGUGGUCAUAAAAUGAGCCCAGCCCAGGAGUGGAAAAUUGGUGCAUUCUUUGGCAGUGUAUGAACUCGAGGAGAGGUCCGGUUGGGUUGGGGUGAGGGGGCGGGCACCAGCUGGGGCAUAAACUGUAUUUAAAGGUGCCCCCCCCCUUAACUUUCUGCUGCUCCGUUUUUGUUUACAAACUUGGUUGCUUCUCCCGCGUUGCUGGUCGUGGUGAGAUGUGUAGAGCCGUUUUUUUGCUUGUAAAGAGACCUGAACACUAUUUUCUGAGACUUGUACAUUUUUGAGGCUUUUAGUUUGACUUCAGCGGAAGGAAGAGGAGCCAUGAUCGGCCCCUCUCUUCACUUUGUAUAAAAGACACACACAGAUCCCUGGACCAAUACGAGGCCGUUUUUGUAAGAUUUUUUGGAUGUUUUGUAAAUGUAUUGGUCCCGUGUUGUAUUUUGUAGGCUUUCACUUCUCACUUGUAUGUAUGGAUUCUGUAGUUACACAUUAAAGUCUUCAGCUGCA